UGGCUACAAAAGUUAGCCAUUGGCAGUCCAUAUUCUAUAUUCAAAGAGAAAUAGAACACCUUGAUUUUUAUUUUUUUUUUUAAGUGAUGCUCGCGGUAUCCGCGGCACUUCACUUCGAUAGUUACAAAAAUGACAGGCGUAGUGCACGCAGCAAUUAUAUGUCUUCGCUAAGCGCGUUGACGUGCAUGACAAGUGUCGUGUACCCGGGCAGUGGAUAGUAGUCAUUGCGAACGAGCGCGACUUUGUUGCGUGCAUACGUGCGUAAGUGCAUGUGUGCCUGCCUGCCUGCGUAAACCGCGGGUUCGAGUUUACGAAGAGUGCGACGAAAUAUGUCAGAGGUUCCAAAAGCAUGAGCGAGGGAGCGGACUCGGUUGCCCAAACCUGCGAAGAUUUGCUCGAACACUCGACGGACGAGGGCGAGCAUGAUGGCGAGCGCAAUGCCACGGCUACGACGGCGAUGCAGCAACAGCCACCUCCGCUGCCGCCGCCGCCACCACCACCUCCGCCGCCAUCCUCGGCAAUGACAUACACCGGCAGGAGGCCGCGUUUCGGCACCGGCAACGUACCGCCGUCGCCCUACGUGUGGGUCGAUGGCCGACAAUUACGGAGCGCCCUAGCCUGGACCAAGAAAAGACCACUGCGACGAGUCAGCUUUCCCCUGAACGACAAUCACUUGGUGACAAGCUACCUGGAACCUGCCAAUCCCUGGCAACACGCUGAAAAUGUGAAUCGAGAGGACUUAAUAUCCACAUACAAAGAGUCUUGCGCACGUCACGGCACCGAACCCUUACAAAAUGUUUUAGUUCAGCUCGAGAAUCUGAAUAUAUCUCAAGACCGCUGUGAGGAAUUGAAUUUGAAGGGGGAAACCUUGGAUCAGGAUCAUUCCGAACCAUUGGAGGAAAUAUUGAAGAGAGUACAAUUUAAUAAAAUUGAUUUAGAAGGAACGUCUUUGAAUGAUGAGAGUUCCAUAAUAUUAUUUGAUAUGCUGGAAUAUUAUGAAUCUGCAAGGUACUUGAAUAUUUCGUCUAAUCCAGAAAUUGGAGCGCGUGGCUGGCAAGCGUGUUCGCAUAUGAUUAAGAAGACUCAGUGUUUAGAGCAACUCGAAGCGAGGGACAUAACGUUUAACGAACAAAACAUGAACAUUUUAAGCCGUGCAUUACGAUUAGUUUGCCAUCUACAUGUUCUUAAAUUGGAAAAUUGUGGACUGUCAGGCAGAGCAUUUAUUAUACUCGUGACAGCCCUAAAAAUGAAUAGUGGCAUACGGGAACUGUAUUUAGCCGAUAACGGGCUCGACUUAUAUGACGCUAUACAGCUUGGAUCUCUCUUAAGAAUGAACAAUCAUUUGCAAUUGCUCGAUAUUAGUAAUAAUAACGUCCAGGACGAUGGCGUACGAGAUAUAUUGGAGGGUUUAAUCAAUCAAGUUAACGAAGAUAAAACUGGCAAGGGACUCAGUAUCCUGAUAUUGUGGAACAACCGUCUGACCAAGAAAUCAUCGCCUUAUUUUUCGAGAAUUAUAGCUUUAUCAAAAACAUUGGAAACUCUAAACAUCGGUCAAAACAUGCUGACGGACGAAACAUUGAGUAUCGUUAACGAGUCAUUGAAGAAAAAUCGUGUUCUCCUACAAUUAGGCAUGCAAUCGACAGAACUCACAUGCGAAGGUAUAAUUACGCUCGCUGAGAUAAUGGAGACGAAUCAAGUUUUGCAGAGAAUAGAUUUACGGGACAAUAGUAUACAGAUGCGCGGAAUGCAUGCUCUCGUAAAUGUCAUGAAAAAGAAUAAAACCAUUACGCAGAUUGAUUUGGACGACAAACCUCGAAUAAGAAUAGACGGUCCGGUGCACCAGUACAUAGAAAUGGUCGCGGAAAUUCGCAGCUGCUGCAGCAAGAAUGAGGAGUACCGCCAGUUGGAGGAGUCCGUCGAGGACGCCGAGAGUCCGCAGCAUCCGAGCCGGCUGUUGAACGCGAGCUCCCGUAAGAUCUCGCUUACCUGUCAGACACUGCCAAGCCCGGCGUCGCGAUCGACGAAGUCGUUGACCGCCAACGAGCCGGCGGCGUGCGGCAUGCUGGAGCCGAAGCGUACCAGCGGCGGUCGCCUGCGCUCCCCGGCUCCCAGUCCCAUUCCCUCCCCCGUGGCCAGUCCGAUUCCCAGCCCGUCCCGGAAUCGCUUCGUCGUAUGCCGGGUGUCGGAGACGCUGGUGCGCUCCGCGGAAUCCUCAGCGUCCUCCUCACCGAUCACUCCGCCCUCUCUCGGCUCCUCGCCGUGCUUCUUCUCUAACGCGAGCGGCGGCUCGUCGCGGUUUCGCGUGUCGGUCGUCGAGUCAACGGACACCGGCCGUUCGCCACCCAAGUCGGUCGUCGCCUCCUCCAAUAGCGGCUCGGUGACGAUCGGCUUCAAUGUUGAAAUCCAUGCCGCUGACUCCGGCGAUACCGACAGCGCAGCCAAGACGGAUACGGCCGCUAGUGAUAACGUAGCUGCAUCCGUAGACAAAUUUAGCGUAAUCCCAGCGACGAGAGGAACAGCUGUGAAUGAAGAGGCGCGAUCGGCCGAGCGCAAAAUUCAAACGCAAUCCGCGGCGGACGAGACCGUUCUCGCGACGUGUAAGAAUGAAUGCGGUGUGGCGGCGAGGGUGGAAAAGGGGCGAUUAGACCAAAGCGGUGCAGUCCGGACAUUGCAGUCCGAAAGGAACGAGGACAUUGCGAUAAAGCGCGAGGGUAAUUGCGAUGAGAGCAACGACGUUACGACUGAUUUCGAAAGUGCCGCGACGAUCGAAAGGGAUGCCGGGGUUAUCAGGGAUCAUCGUACCGUGUAUACAAGUACAAAAGAACUACAGGUACCUGCUUAUCCGAACGAAGCUACUUCUUCGGCGAAGAUUAAUGUAAUCGAGGAUUGUAAAGUUUCGAAUAGCGCGAAAAGGCCGCUUGUAGAUGAUAUUUUGGAUUACGGCGCGAAACAAGAGGCAACUUCGGAAGAGUUAUCCACCUGCAUUUCGGAAUCUUCCGCGAGUACCGUCACGGAAACGUCUUCCGCUCGUCUGGCGGAACCGCAUUCGCAAGAACCAACGAGCACGUCGAUGCAGAAGCACAAAUCCAACCUGGACAAGCUUUUGUCAUUGUUCCAGCAUCCCGGCCAGCUCUUCUCGGACACCUCGAGCGCGGCUGCGGAAACGAAAAGCACUCUGCAAGAGAAUAUCAAUGGUGUGAUGGCAUUGGGUGACAGGCUACAGCAGUACCUGAAGGAAAGCCGAGCCAAGCUCGGCACCGACAACUCGUGGAACUUCUUGGAACACGAUUCGCCGCCGAAGAACAAAUCGAUGAAGCUGAAUGUGUCGCAGCUCCAGAACUUGACCGGCAUGUUCACAUCCUUCAAACUCGAACCGUAUUCGAGUUUCGUCGUCGAGCACGGCACCAAGUUUUUUAGUCAAGCGAAGAAUCAGGAUGCAAAUGUGCGAGAGAAGGAUUUAGAUAAUUUAGAUAAAUCUACGGAAAUCAUGGUCGGGAGGAUUGGCGAAAAAGAUUUGUUUAGUCAAGAAAAAAAUCCGGUUGCGAGAAGCAACGAUGAGAACUUAAUUGGGCCGAAGAACGAUCAAGUGACGAGGAAUAGCGAGAAUCAGAUUACAAAGUGCGAUGAGAAUGAUUUAAAUGAUAAGGAAAAGAGUGAAACUGUAAAUACCAACGAGGUCGAGAAUUUAUCCGAUCGAGUUAGCAGAAAUGAUAAAGAAUUGAUCAGCCAUGAAAAUAAUCAGAUUUUAAAUAAGCAGAGUAAUUUAUUCGACGAAAUGAAAAGUGAGAUUGUAGAAAUCGAAGCGAGAGAUUUGCACGAAGAGGAGCGACGAGUCGCCGAGAACGCCAAUGUGCGUUUCGAAAUGCGAAAAGCGGAGAAUCAAGUUGUUGAAGACGGUGAAAAUUUGGAAGAUCGGAGAAAAGAUAAAAUUGCGAGUGACGACGAGCGCGAUUGGGAAAAGAUAUCGACGGGAAACAGCGAGGAUUUGGAAAGUAGAAUUGCGAGAAAUGACGAGAGAGAUUCUGUGGACGAUGCGUGUGUUGACGACGAAGGGAGUGCAUGUAGCGUGGACAAGUUACAAUGGACGAAAUUCGACUUUAGUGAUCAACUGUUAUCUGAAAGUGUGCAAUCAAAAGACAAUCUUGUUGAUAAUUUAGUAUUAGAUGACUGCCUCGCGACGGACGCAGCAAUUUUACCUCCAGUUUUACCUUCGCCGAGUAAGUCCAUUGCGUGUACAACUGUAAAAUUAACGAACAUAGCCGAAUAUUCUACUUUAGAAUUAAAUAAGAUCGACAGCACAGGGUGUAAUUCAAAACAGGAUUCUAAACAUAUAGAGCGUGAUAACGAGUGUUUGAAGCGCGACGAGAUUUUAGGGAACGACAGUGUAAAGUGUUUAGAACGCGAUGACGCGGUCGGAGAAGCGAACGCUUCAACGGCGAGAAAGACAUGUGAUAUCACGACGGACAGUAUUAAUCAGACUAGUAAUAACACGUCGACGGGCGCCACGACGGACGACAACGUCGACGCGAUCGAGUCCGCGUCGGACAACGACAGGACAUCGGCAUCCCUGUCGAUGUCGGUGGACGACGCCGAGACGCUGUCCACGUCGUUGGAGAACGUCGACGCGUGCGACCACUUAAACAAGAAAGUUACCACUAGUACGCGUUGUAUAGCCGAUGAGGAUCAUCAGCGCGAUUUUACGCAGAGGGAACCAGAGGAGAACUUGACGGAAGUCCUCGACGAUGUUUGCUGCGAUUUCGCUCACUGCAGAAGUACAAAUGUAAAUAUUAAAGUAGAGCAACGUGAAUCGGAAACGGUGAGCCGUCCGGGAGGAGGCCAGACAUCGGAGGAGCAUCGUGAAAGAGUACAGUUCAUGCCAAAUAACAUCAACAACGUGUAUCGGAAUAUUCUUAAGGAUGAGGCCGACAUCAAGGAUUCCCCGGCGGGCACCGUCGAACAGAGCAAGCGAACCGAUCCGACCAUCGCGUCUCACCUCACGCCGUACAAAACGUCCGCGAAUUCGGCCAAAUCCUCCGACGCGGAGGAGCUCAUUUGCAUGACCGACAUCUCCACGGAUGGCGCGUCCGCGGAGGAUGAGCUGUCGCCGAGCGUCGCGUCGAAAAACUCGUCGAAUCGCGUCGCCGGGAUAGCGGAGUCGUACUUCGAGCUGCCCGCUUCCAGGACCGCGGCGACGAGCGCCACGACGGCGUUGAUCGGCGAGAAUCCCGAGAGCGUGCACGGGGACAGUCAAGAUUUCGGGAUCGACGACGCUGGAAUCGGCACGGCGGACGCGCAGCCGAUGCCGCCGCCGCCGCCGCCGCCGCCGCCGCGCGGAAGCCUGCAGGAGAGCGUGGACUCCGGGAUCGAGUCGGAGUGCUCGUCGAUAUGCAUCCGGGUGGACUCCACCGCCGAGUGGAAAGUGGAGCUGGUCACGGUUCCGAGCAAGUCCUCGCGCAACGACAACGGCGUUUACGAGCGAACCGACGGCGAGAUGAAGCGCGAGAACGAAGGCGAGGAUAACGGCAAGUUCGAGGAGUUCGCGUCGGAUUUUCUCGCGAGAAACACGCGACUGGCGGAUAACGAUAGCGUGAGCAACAACAUCGCGCAUUCGUAUCUCAACAGCAUCAAGUGUCCGGUCGUCGGUGGUGCUCGUUCCGUCACCGCGACGACGAGCGACGCGCCUCUGGGAAUCGAGGUCACCGCCGAUGAGAUCUGUCCAGCAGCGCCGAUAAUCGCGCACUCCCCCGCAGCCGUGCACAGUACCAGCCCGAAAUAAUGCAGUGGUGGAGAGAAAAGAAGAGGUGGAGGAUAAUAACGAAGAGAAUGAAAUUGAAUAUGAUGACGAGGACGACGAGAUCGACGAACUUGAAGAAGUGAUGAAGCAGCUCGAGCCAAAGUAUCGACGCUAUGCAAAUUGGCGAAUCUAAAUAUUGUUUGAAAUAAAGAUUAUUAUUUUUAGAAAUCGUCGAUGCAAAAAAAAAAAAGAAACGUAUGCUUGACUCCAAGGAUUGUUAAUUCUGUAGACAUUUAGAAUUAUAUAUUCUUCUGUGAAUUUUUGAUUCUAUAAAUUUUUAAUACCGUAGACCCUUUUGUUUUUUUUAUUCUUUUGUGUUCAGACUUGAAUUUAAGGAUUUUCAAUCUUAUCAAUACGAGUGUUCAUAUUAUCGUCUUUCGGAAACUUUGUAUCUGUUUUAAUAGAUUUUUCCAGUAAGAUAUAUUUCUUGGCAUUAAAUUCAAUACGCAUCUUUGAAUUCACAAAUUAUUACUAUGACUCCUUAGUAUUAUAUCUUUGAUUCGACACACAUAUUAUUUAUGUAACAAAUUUUAAUUUUAAUUUCAUAAUUUUUGCCAAACGAAACUUUUACAAAUUCCUGGAUAUCUAUAAUACUUCAUCUUCUCAAAUUUAUCGCUUCGCAAAUCCUUGGAACUGCUACGUACCGAGAUAAUGAAUUGCGGUACAAUCGAAAAUAGGAUAAUUGCUUGUACAAAAAUAAUCAGAAAUGUAAAUAAAAUAAAACUUUUUCAUUUCUGACUUUAUUUUUGUGAAGAUCAAUUUAAGAAAUUGAAGAUUGAUGUAACAUUGUCCGAUAAUACUAUAAUUUUCAUCGCAUUCUGUAUGCCAACGAGCUUAUGAACUUAACUUUUGACUGUAAUUAGUGUCAAUGGUGUCUCAUGUACUAGCUAGUUCUUGUCGGUCACUUUUUAUUCCGCAGAGAGAAGCAAUUGUCGAAAAAGCAGGGAAAGAUUAUAAAAAUGUUUAGCAGAGACGAUCGAUUGUAGUCUCGAAGACAGUCGAUCUGUCGAAAAAUUGUAAACUUAAAAUGUACUAUCUCGCUGCGCGAUGUAAACACGCUGACAGUGAUUCAUGUAAUGCCAGUGCUUCUUAAACUUACAGAUCACGGGAUAUCAGAGAGAAUUUUCUUUGUUGGUCGUGCCUUGAGCCUUUACGAAAAAUUUUGUUGAAAAAAAUUAAAUAGAAGCAAACGUUAUGACAUAAAAUGUUUCACCACGAUUUAUUGAAAAUGUUCUUUCAAUCAGAUGUGUAAAUGUUAAAAUAAAGAUAACGGUAGCACCGA